ACGGUGUUGUCCUUGAUCGUAGGCCAAAUGUUUGGCUUCCCGAAGCCGGAAGGUGCAAGAGAAGAUAAAACAAUAUACAACAGAGAACUAAGUGUAGAGAGACCACUGGAAGAACAGAUUGCUGAAGCAGAGGCCGACAAGAUGAAGAAAUCACCCCGGACAGAAAAUAAGCCAGAAUUCAGGAAUUAUUCAUUUGUGGAUGACUUGAACCUGCUGAGAUCUGUUGUGGAAAAAGACAGAAAAGAAAAGGAAAUGGAAUCGGUCAGGAGUCCUCUGUAUAGCCAACAGCUUGCUCUUGAUGAUGCAGAUUCCACCAAGAGACGCAGGCUGGUGGAUGAGUAUGACUCCACUAAAAGUGAUGUGGAUUAUAAAUACCAAGAUGACCCAGAUGGACUUCAUCAACUUGAUGGGACCCCAUUAACAGCUGAAGAUAUUGUCCAGAAGAUUGCCAUGAGAAUUUAUGAGGAAAAUGAUAGAGGCGUCUUUGACAAGAUUGUUUCCAAGCUUCUAAAUCUGGGCCUGAUCACCGAAAGCCAGGCCUACACCCUCGAGGACGAAGUGGCUGAAGCACUGCAGCAGCUGAUUGCUAAUGAAGCUAAAGAUCGGGAAAAGGCAUCCAGGGGUCUUGAGGACCUCCCAAGCAAGAGUAACAGUCAGACCAAAGAGAAGCAGAAAGUAAAACUGGUGUUAAAAAGUACUGAUCCAGAUCAUACCUUGGAUAAUACAUGGACACCCACCAACAUCUUAGAAAGAAGAAACGAACUGCCCCCAGAGGAUCGCUUUGAGGACCUCCAAUACUUCCCUAAUUUCUAUGAACUAUUAAAAAGCCUUGACUCGGAGGAAGAAGUGAAAGAAAAGGAAACCUUGAUAACAAUCAUGAAAACUCUAAUAGAUUUUGUCAAGAUGAUGGUUAAAUAUGGAACCAUCACACCGGAAGAAGGCGUUUCGUACCUAGAAAAUCUAGAUGCCAUGAUAGCCCUACAGACAAGAAAGAAACUUGAAAAAUCCAGUUCCCAGAACAAGCUAUUUGCGAUCCCUCUAGACAAGAACACCGAGGAAGCCGACAGCACAAAAACAGCCACGGCUGAAAUGGAAAAAGAAUAUGAAGCCCUGAAAGAUUCCACAAAAGCCGAGGAAGAUAACGUAGGAAGCAACAAAGAACCUCAAGGAAAAGCAGACGCGUAUUUGGAAGCCAUCCGAAAGAAUAUAGAGUGGCUGAAGAAGCAUAACCCACAGGGAAAGAAAGAUGAUUAUGACCUUUCUAAACUGCGGGAUUUCAUAGACCAACAAGCCGAUGCUUACGUGGACAAGGGCAUCCUGGAUAAAGGAGAGGCUGAUGUGAUCAAACGUAUCUAUGGCAGCUUGUAAAGAAAAGA